AAAAAAAAGAAAAAGAAAAAGAAAAGCAAAACCCUAUUUUCACCUUCUAGCCCCACGCCUGUUGCCGGCUCGUCACCCGCCUCCGCCGCCGCUCGUUACUGAAUCUCGCCCCGACAAGUUGUCUCUAGGUAAAACAGCAAACCGUUCAUCGUUUCUCUUCCAUCAAUGAUCGAUUGAGCUUGGUUGCCAUAAUUUUGAAUGGAAUCGAAAUUCUGAUUUCCGACGGUUGGCUUUCGUCCGGUUCCAAUUUCCGCGCGUUUAGAUGAAUAUCCACACAUUCUAGCGGUCGGUUCGUUCCAUAUUUUCAUUUUCGAACCGGACCGAACCUGUUCGCAGUCCUGCUCCUUGACCUUGAGGUUUGUAGCUUCCAAAACCCAAAACCCAGGAUGAAACUAUCUUGUCUUCAUUGUUCUGCUUCAGCAAGUUUUCUAUAAGUUAGGAAGCUAUUGGGGAAGCAGCAAGGACCACUCAUGGCUUAUUCCCGUGGACACGACUUCUUGUUUUGCAAUUUGUGUGGAACCAUGUUGUCGUUCUGCUCAACGAAAUAUGUUGAGUGCCCUUUGUGCAAGUCUAAGCGAAGUGCAAAAGAGAUCAACGGUAGAGAAAUAAGUUACACAGUUACUGCUGAGGAAAUUAGAAAGCAGUUGGGAAUUUCACUAAUUGGUGAAGAGAAAAUGCAGCUAGCAAAGGAAAGGAGAAGGUGUGAAAAAUGUGGAAAUGAUGAAGCUUGGUUUGAGAGCAGACAGAUGAGAUCGGCUGAUGAAGGGCAGACCACAUUUUAUACCUGCACUAAAUGCCAUCAUCAGACUAGAGAGAAUUGAUCUUCCAUGCAAUUUUUUCUAGGAUGUCAGUGUUUUCAUCCUUGGAUUAGUUGGGUGGUUCCAUUGGAAUCCAAAAGCUUUAACAUGAUGAAUUAUGUUAUUAAACAAUUAAACUCGAUCUUCAAUGGGAUGAUUUACUCUAUAUGAGAAUAUGACGAAGUAGCAAAAUUCGUUGAUUGA